AUUGAAAAAUACUAUUAUAUUUUAAUCACUUAAUUUGUGUUGAACUGGAAACACAACAGUAGACACGCUUAUAGUGAAUUGCAAAUUCGUAUAUUCAGGUAGAUUUCCGUAGUUUGUUUUCAGGCGGGACUGUCUGCCUCUGCUGCUCACAAAACAAAAUGACACAAAUACAGACGUUCUAAUAUCGCCACUUAUAUUUUUUAUUUGAACAAUAGCUAUCACGAAAGGUAACUUAGUAGAAAAACACGGUAGUAGUGUCAGUGUUCAUAGCGCUUUAAAGUGCGAUUUUAUUCUCUUUUAUCACAAAAUUAUGGACAGACCUUCUAGAAAUAGGAAAGCUGUUAACUACUCAGUCUUCCAAGACGAUGAUGAUGAGGACUUUACCUGUGUGAAACCUCCUCCCAAAAAAGCUCGAACGGCUGUUUCAGAGAGAAACCACAAGACUACAAGUGCAUCUCCAAAUGAAGUUGUUAUUCUCACCAGCCCAGGAAGCAGGAAGAGGGCAUCUCUGGAUGAUAAACUUUAUGACAGAGAUUUGGAGACAGCUCUAACAUUGUCAUUGCUAAGCUCUCCAAGAACACAAGAUGGAGAGCCUACAACCAAAACAGAUGAUUGUGAUGUGUCUCAGCCUAAUCAAUGUUCUCCACCUGUUCUGAUACACUGUAGUGCUGAUGCCAGCCAUAUAGAUGAUAGUCAUCCCCAUCCAGAUCUUCCUCCUGUGCUGUCAAAUUGUUGCAUUGAUGGCAGAAGUUUAGGGCUGAAUUUGAUCAGCUUGGAUGCCUCCCCUACCAAUGUUUCCAAACAGACUGAUGCCUCAAAAGAACAGAAAAAAACACUGAAGGAGAAGGACAACAAAGUUGAUGAGGACUACCAGCCGCAAAACACACCAGAUUCGGAGAGUGAUGCAGACUUCACUGAAGAAGAUGAAAGUGAAGACGAGACAUUCACGGUGAAGAAGAUAAAGGUGGUGAAACUAAAGACAGAAAAAAAGGCACCACCUCCUGUGAAGGACAAGAAGGAAAAGAAAGACAAAAAGCCCACGAAAGCCCCAAAUGCCUCAAAAGCUAAAACCUCAGCUCCCAGCCCAGCGAUCUGUCGGAGUCCAGCUGCUCCUGUGUCUGGACUGAAGAAGACACCAAAUACUCCACCUAUCUCUAAACCUGCUCUCUGCUCCAGUCCUGCAGGGGGCAAAUUGCCCAAGUGGAAUCCCCCUGGUCUGGUUGGCCGGAGUCCCGGUGCGUCUCAGAAUGCACCUAUGAAGUCUCCUGGACAGGGCCUGCGUUUAGGACUUUCCCGUCGGGCUCCAAUCAAACCCCUUCACCAAAAUGCUGCUGUGAACUAAACAGACUAGUUUUGAAGAAACUAUAUAAUGAGAAGCUGCACAUCUUUAGGUUUCCAUGGCAGAGAAAAAAAUGGUAAGAAGUCUAUUUUCAAAGUACUGAAAUUUGUCCAGAAUUUUAAGGCCUUUCAACACUUACUUACUGUAAGAAAUACAUUACUUGCAGUAGGAAGUUAAUUAAUUUUUGUUGUCAGUGUAAAAUUUUUAAAUGUCUUUUGUGUGGUGUGUUUUAGCUCUGUAAAUAUGCACUUUUUGAUAAACAUUAAAGACUGUGUAAUAUGCUAAAAUCUGAAUUUGCUCACUCGUUUUCAUUCACUCCCUGAAGUAUAUAUAUAUAUAUAUAUAUAUAUAUAUACUGUAUGUAGGGAAUAGUGAAUGAGGGUAUGGGGGCGAUUUCAGAGCGCCUGUCUUAAGUGAACGCUCAAGCCAUGUCUCCCUCUUGUUGCCAAAACAAGCCAUAAUAAAGGAGAGGGGAACAA